GUUCACAAUAUGGUAUAGCAACAAUAUAAUUAUAGUCCAAAGUCUAGCUCGUCCCCCACUUUCACCUGCCGAGACCCUGAAAAUCCCUCGAUUAUAUUUCUAAUCUUCGUGUUACUGCUACUGCGACUGCCACUAGCUGAUAUAAUAGAGUCUAAAACUAUUUUCUCGAACAACUAUCUGAUAUCCCAUCUUCUUUCAUACCUUAGGUACCUACCUACCUAAACUCGUAUUUAUCUAUUUCCAACUUCUGGUCCAUCUUCUAAUGGUACUUUCCUUCUAGACAAAAAUAGAAAUUUACCUACAUAGAAACAAACCCUCAAAUCUCCAACAAUGGGUUCCCUCCCCCCAAACCCAACUUCCAACAACAACAACACCACGAACCCUCCCCGCCCACCCCUCCACGACUCCAUCCCCCCUCUCAUCCUCGGCACCGCCACCUUCAACACCCAAUACGUCGCGAACCCGUACGACCUCCCCGCCGUAUCCAUCGUCUCGCGCGCCCUGGACCUCGGCGUCCGCGCCUUCGACACGUCGCCGUACUACGGCCCCUCGGAGCUCAUCCUCGGCGACGCCCUCUCGCACCCGUCCGUGUCCGCCGCCAACCCUCGCCCCUCGUACUUCCUCGUCACCAAGGCCGGCCGCAUCGCCCCCGACGUGUUCGAUUACAGCCCCGCCUGGAUCCGGUACUCGGUGCUGCGCAGCCUCGAGCGCCUGCGCGCGGACUACCUCGACCUGGUCUACGCGCACGACGUCGAGUUCGUGGCCCCCGCCGAGGUCCUCGCCGCCGUGCGCGAGCUGCGCCGCCUGCGCGACCAGGGCCUCGUGCGGUACGUCGGCAUCAGCGGGUACCCGGUCGACCAGCUGUGCGCGCUCGCGGAGGCGGUGCUCGCGGAGACGGGCGAGCCGCUCGACGCCGUGCUGAGCUACGGCCACUACACCAUCCAGAACACGACCCUGGGCGCCUCCGCGAUGGCCCGGUUCGCGAGCGCCGGCGUCGACGUCGUGCUGAACGCCAGCAUGCUCAAUAUGGGCUUGCUGACGACGCGGGGCGCGGAUGCCGGUCCCUUGGCCGCGUGGCAUCCGAGCCCGGAGGGGUUGCGGAAGACGUGUCAGGAGCUGGUGCCGCUUGCGACGGAGGCGGGCGAGAAGUUGGAGGUCGUCGCUAUCCGGUGGGCUCUGGACAACUGGUCGCGAGUCGGCGCGUCCAGAGGCGGCCGCACGCCAAAACUACCGGCCGGAACUCGCGUGGGCGUAAGCGUCAUGGGCAUCUCGAGCGUGCCCGAGCUGGAAGAAACGUGCCGGGUAUUCCAGAGCGUAAUAGAGGGGCUCGAGCCCGAGACGUCGGAUCCGGAGCAGACGGAGCGAAGGCGAUGGAGUCUGGACCGCCGCCAAAAGAUCCAGGACGUGGUAGAGAAGAUGUGGGCGGUCCUGGGCCGGUGGAAGGACUACAGCUGGAGCAGUCCGGAUCCCGGAUUCGUCAAUGCGAGAAAGCCUGCCGAGGUCGGCGUCACACCCGAUGACGGGAUCCUCCUCAAGUACGCCGUCAAAAAUAAGGUGAGUGUGAACGUGGAGGAAUUGCCGUUAUCGGCUGUUUAACUAUGAUAAAAAAACUACCCGACUGAACCUAUUAUAACGUACGAAAAUAUUUCGGUGCGGAAAUUCGUGCGGGCUAUUAUGAUAUACCAGGAGGUAUCAACGAAGCUAUAACAUCCAUAUCAUAUCCAUGGGGUUUAUGACUCUACACCUAUUGAGGCGUCUGGUCUUUGCAAUCCUUGGUGUAAACCCUAGGGGUUUAUCGUAUAGGUUCUUCCGUGGAAUUUAGUUAGCACAUGAGCCGUAGCCAGAUGGUAAUGAAGUAAAUGUAGAACGGUAAUGGGCUGCUACAUAUAGUGUCCUAACCUUACCAUAGCCCUGCAAGUUAGAGAUAAUUUUCCCAGUAACCAUCUUACAAGGCACAAGCUACGACACG